ACUUACAUGUUGGUGUGACUUUUGCCAGAUUUGUCUGCAUUUCCUGAAUGGGAGAAAUCCUAAGGAAAUGUAAUUUUUACUCACUGGGAUAUUUUCAGUUUCCGAGUGUCUUGCAUGUUUUCUCUUUGUUCUUAAUAUGUUCUGUUCAGUUUGCUUAGUUGAGUCACACGGUGUCGGCAUGAAAGAGUGUGGAAAAUUUGCUGGAGUCAAGGAAUUAACAUGGAAAGAAGAUGAGCCUCAAAUGACCAUCCUUACAUACCUUUUAUAAACUUAACCUGUUUUUUCUACCAUAAAAUGAGAAUAUGGGUCAGAAAAUUAAAUUUAAAAGGUGUGCGGAUUGUUAUUUAUGUAUUCAUACUGUUAUUUGAAAAGGUGGGAAUUUUUAAUGAUUCCUUUUUGUUUCCACGUUUGAUUUCUAGAAACCUUCAGUCCUUGAAAUCUAGAUACCUGAAGAUCCCAACAUCAUGACCUCAGUUUCAACACAGUUGCUCUUGGUCCUCAUUUCACUGCUUUUGGUGCUGCCAGUUGUUGAAGCAGUAGAAGCUGGAGAUGCAAUCGCUCUCUUGCUAGGUGUGGCUCUCAGCAUUACAGGCAUUUGUGCUUGUUUGGGGGUAUAUGCACGAAAGAGGAAUGGACAGAUGUGAUUGUGAUGGGCCUUCUGCAUCGAACCUUGCCUGGAAAACUUUUGUGUUACUGAGGUUAAAAACUGAGCUUUAAAGUCUAAAAGUUCCCAAGAAACACGGUAUUUUCACAUUCUUGUCUCCCUGUAAACAGGAACAAAUUAAUAUAUGUUAAAUGGGGGGGGGGAACCACAAAAAAAAUAGUGCACUGAAAAAAAGCAGUCUAUAAUUCAUAUAUGCUAGUUAAAGGGUCAAAGAAGUCAGAUGACUGAAAUUUACAUAUUAUUUCAUAGUUUCUCAGAAUUCUUAAAGUGCAUGAAAUAGGAACAAGGAAACCCUUGCCCAGAAUCCUAGGAAAUUGCCAGUUCCUCCAUCAUUGAGGAGUCUUCUUCAUAUUUUUAUUAGAUUUUUGUUUUGUUUAUUCCCAACUUAAUAUUGUAUUUAGAAAUCAAAUACAGUCAGAAAUUAAAAUUUUUAUUUCUUUGGUGGAGAAGGUAAUAAUGUAUUCAAUGUAUCUGAUGUUAAAAUUUAGAGAAUAUUUAAUGUAAAAAAAAUACUUUAUAUUGACAUUGAAAUGGAGAAUAGAUUUAAUGUUAAAAAAAAGUUUAUAUUAACUGAAUAAUAUCUCCAUGAUGAGAAGUACUAUAUUAAAUAUAAACUAUUAUGUUUUAA